CCGGGUUCCGGGUUCGGGUCAAGCUCAGCUGGUGGCACAGCAACUGGCAACAGCAAUCCACUGUCCAACCAUACCCGAGCACCACCCUACAUCACAGCGAUGGCCAAGAAAGCAAAAUCGCUGAACCCGGCCGACGCCUUUCGGAAAGCUCAGCGGCAGAAAGAGAUUAAGCGGAACAAACUCGAUCGGAAGAAGGCGCGUGAGGAUGCUCACAGUAAAAAGGACUCAUCUGCUAUUCAGGCUGAAAUCAGUCAACUGGAGCGAUUAUCAAAACCGACUCUCUCCGAACAGAACCGACUAAAGGAAGCUAGAAACGAGCUAUCACUGAUUCUGAAAGCGAAACAGCAGAAGGGAAUCACCACCUCAACUGAUGCCACUCCAUCUACCUCAAAAGUGAUUAUUGAUCCUGCCACCGGCCUUCCUGCAGUCACAGGCCCUGAUAACCGUAACGAUGCAGACAAGAGUGGUCACACAUCAUCCAAUACCACCAAAUCGGGUUCCAACUCACGCACGAUGAAUUGGUUCGGUCCUGAUGGAAAAUUGCUUGAACCCGAGAAGAGCUUUUACUACCAUCCGGUGUUCAAUCCGUUUGGUGUUCCACCUCCUGGCAUGCCCAUGCGAAUGAAAGAUAGCUUGGACGUUCCAUCCGGCACCUCAUCUAGUGGACCUGUCUCCUCAGACCUUGGGCCCAAUGACCUCAGCCAAACUCAGCCAUCAACAUCUCGAAUCAUUGAAACAAAAGGCGUUUCUGAGAAGGAAGGCGAUAGUGAGAAUGAAAGCGAAGAGGAUGAAAGUGACGAAGACACCGAGAAUGAUGAAGAUGACAUCCCACUGCCUGAAGGUUCCCCUCCUGCUUCCGAAUCAGAAGACGACGAGAUUCCCCUACCCGACGGACCACCCCCGCCCAAGCCACUGCACAAACCACGCUCGGAUCAAUUAUUGAGCAGACCCACAGCAUUUUCUGAAAACAUUCGAAUUCAAGGACAUCAUCCCCAUUCUGGUCUCGCGCAGUCUGCCCCUUACUUUCCACCUCCGAUCAGCCUCGUUCCGGGCUUACCUCCUCCGCCUAUGAUAGCUGGGAUGAGCAUGAGGUCAUUUCCGUUGGGACCCAAUGGACUACCUCUACCGCCUCCCCCAAUCAAUCACUUCCAUUCCCUCCCACCUCCACCCACCUCGGCAAAUCUUCCAGCAAAACCGGAGCUUGCGGCUGGUCCCCUUAAGGGGGUACCCACUCCUGGUGCUGCGACUCCUGCUCCCAAACCUACCAUCCAGGCCAGCGCGACCGUGACGGCUCUUCCUCAGCUGCGAGAUUUGAAACGAGAAGCCACGAGCUUUGUACCAGCGGCGAUUCGUAAGAAGCGGAAAGAACUCGAUCGACGGGCUGGGCUGGCUGGUCUGGGUGAUGGCAAUCGUAUCCAGGCUGCCCCCAGCUCCCUCGACCCAGCCGGUGAAGAUCCAUCCGAGUCCAAGGAACCCAAACAAGUGACCACCACCUUGUUGGCGGCUCUAAAGCGAGAUGGGGUAGUUUCAGAUACCCCAGUUUUGAAGGGACCUGUAGGCUCGGUAGGCGCUGAAAAGGACGAUUACGAAAAGUUUGUCGAAAGUUUGGGAGAUGUACUGUAAUAUACCAUUUGCAGCAAAGAAUAGAAUUAGCCAAACUGCCUGCACAUUGUACUACAAUUUGUUUCUUGAACCCGCGGGUGUCUUCCGCAUAUGGGCCUGUCCAACCCCUUAUGACUUCAGUAGUGAUAAGCUAUCCAGCCUGGAAGAGGGGUGUCCACGCCCCCCUCCCAGGAAAAAAAGGUGGCAGGAGAGGGUCAAAGCCAACAUGUGAAUCAGAGAUGGACAGAUGGAGCAGUGAAGCCCUUCCAAUAUCAGCUUGUGCUGUCCCUUGCAAACUCAUUGUAUGUUCUUACACAUUCUUGAUGGAUCAAAAUCCAGCGGUUUGGAAGU